AUGGCUAUGCUGCCAAGUGAUUUGUCACAUCAUGGAAUUGUAGAAAAUAGCCCCUACAGAAUUACAAAGAGCGGGAAUAAGGAAGCUGGCAAACUUAGUGCUUCAUGGUAUUUCAGUAGAAAGGAAAUAGAAGAGAAUUCUCCGUCCAAGAGGGAUGGCAUUGAUUUAAAGAAAGAGACUUACCUUCGGAAAUCGUAUUGCACUUAUCUACAAGAUUUGGGGAUGCGGCUCAAAGUGCCACAAGUGACAAUUGCUACAUCUAUUGUGUUCUGUCACCGUUUUUACCUUCGUCAAUCUCAUGCAAAAAAUGAUAGACGAACAAUCGCUACUGUUUGCAUGUUCUUGGCUGGAAAAGUCGAAGAAACACCUAGGCCUUUGAAGGAUGUCAUCCUGGUUUCUUACGAGCUUAUUCAUAAAAAGGAUCCUGCUGCUGGUCAGAAAAUCAAGCAGAGGGAAGUAUAUGAUCAACAAAAAGAACUCAUUUUACUUGGGGAGCGAGUUGUACUUGCAACACUUGGUUUUGACCUUAAUGUGCACCAUCCUUACAAGCCCUUGGUUGAAACAAUAAAGAAAUUCAAGAUUACUCAUAAUGCGCUUCCUCAGGUUGCCUGGAAUUUUGUCAAUGAUGGGCUGCGCACUUCACUCUGUCUGCAAUUCAAGCCCCAUCAUAUUGCAGCAGGUGCUCUCUUUUUGGCUGGUAAGUUUCUCAAAGUGAAAUUUCUUCCAGAUGACGGUGAGAAGGCUUGGUAUCAGGAGUUUGAUGUGACACCAAGACAGCUGGAAGAGGUUAGCAAUCAAAUGUUAGAGCUGUAUGAGCAAAACCGUGUUGUACAGUCGCAACCAACAAAUGGGAAUGAAGCUGAAGGGAGCUCAGCUGGUGUGCCUAAUCAAAGGAUCUCCGUAAAAGCAGAAGCCAACUCGGAGGAACCUCGUGUUGUGCAUCAUCCAGCAUCCAAACAGCCAGAUUCCAAUCCCUCUACAUCAACAGGUGUUCCAAUUCACAAUGGUGCUGAGCACUCAAAGCCACACAAGCAGAUUGGUAGCCAGAAAAGUCUUCAGAGUGACAAUGGUGGCCAUGAAAACGACAAAACAAGCAGUCAGAGUGGAGGUAGAGUUGAUACUAGUACAAAGGAUGGUUUGCAUGAUGGCACAAAGUCCUUGUCGAGAAGUUCCAGGCCCAGCGACAAACCUGGUAUUCCAACAGAAGAGAAACCUCUUCCAUCGCAUGCUAGUUCGAGUGAAUUGAGAGAUGGUAAUCUCAGUAACAGUGGUGAUCCCAGUGUCUCAUCCUCCAUGAUGGAUGCCAUGAAUAAAAUUGACAAGGACAAGGUAAAGGCAGCUUUGGAGAAGCGAAGAAAAUUGAAAGGUGAUGUUGCUAGGAAGGUACAUGUGAUGGAUGAUGACGACCUACUUGAGAGGGAAUUAGAACAUGGUGUAGAGUUGGCUGUUGAGGAUGAGAAGAUCAAGCAGGAGAGGAACGAUUGUAGUAUGCAUCAAGAGGAUCACCGUAAUGCUGAUGGCGUUGCAGAAAAUGGUGACAACAAUGGUGAUCAGAAUGUUCCAGAGACUGCAAAAGAGGCUGAAGUUCUGGUGGACAUUAAAGAUGAGCAUUCUCUAACCAAGAGAAAUGAUGGUUUCGAGCACAAGCCGCAGCACCCUAGUGAUGCACCAAAGCACAGCGUGAGCCACCAUGAUGCUCAGCUUGGUGGUAGACAUGAAGAACAUAAAAUGCCUCGACCCGAAGGUUGA